CAUUGCCCACAUGACUUGAACGCAACAUUAGAUCUCUUUCAGCGUCGCUAGCUGCUCCUCUCUAGUAGCACUGAGGCUAUUAGCUAGCUCUUCGAUAGCCCCUCCAAUCUAAUAGCACUGAGGCUAUGAGCUAGCUGUCCAUAGCCCCUUCUCUCUUAUACAGUGAGGCUAAGAGCUAGCUGUCCGCUAGCUGCUCCUUUCUAGAAGCACCGAGGAUAAAGCUAGUUGUCCGCUAGCUCAGGUAAACAUGGCCAUGGCCCAGGCUCUCUCUGAAGAGGAGUUUCAUCGGAUGCAGGCCCAGCUUCUGGAGUUAAGGACUCAGAACUACCAGCUCUCUGAUGACCUGAGGAAGAACUCUGCAGAGCUGGGCGUUCUGCGCCAGAAGACGGGAGUGCUGGAGAGGGACUUGGGGAAGGCCCAGAAGGCGCUGAGUAAGAGUAAGAAAGCUCAAGAAGUGGAUGCGUUGCUAGGGGAGACCGCCAUGCUGCAGGGGAAGCUGCACAGCCAGGAGGAGGACUUUAGGCUCCAGAACAGCACCCUGAUGGCGGAGCUGUCCAAGCUGUGCACCCAGAUAGAGCAGCUGGAGCAGGACAACCAGCGCCUGAAGGAGGUGGGAGGAGCCAGCGCCACCAGCCCCGCCCCCACUCCCGUCCCUGACUCCGCCCCUGCCCACGACGACACGGAGCUCCUCCGCGUGCAGGCGGAAAACUCUGCCCUGCAGAACAAAAUGGCUGGUGUGUGUUCUUCUUUUCAUAUACAUGCGUGUUUAUAUCCAUAUGCGUGUGUGCACAUGGAUGUGCGUGUUAUAUCCGUUACCCUCUUUAACAGGUUGAAGAAGAAGCAGGAAAGUUUCCAGCGUCUUCAAGGAGAGAAGGAGGCGCUCUACAACGAUAGCAGGACAAAGAUUGAUGAGAUAAACCAGAAAAAAGAAGAUGAUCUGAAAUCCUUGAACCUCCGUAUUCAGAAACUCCAGACAGACCUAGGGGCAGCCAAUCAGACCAUGGCUGAGAUGAGGAACAGCUGCUGGGCAGAGAAGGAACAUGAAGUAGCACUACACACGCUGAGAGACCAGGCUGCCAGUCAGACUGCAGUCAGUCAGGAGCAGGUGGAAAUCAUCCUGCAGGAGAAUGAUGCUCUCAGGACCAACCUAGCAGCCCUAGAACAGAUCCAGACAGUGAAGACCCAGGAGGUGAACCUGCUUCGUGAGCAGCAGGGGGCGCUGUCUGCUGAGCUGCAGCAGAGGAGAGCAGAGCAGGAGAGCCUGCUGGCCCAGAGGGACGACCUCACCUCCCAGAUACAGGAGGCUAGCUUUGCCAGCAGGAGGCUGCUGGAGCAACUGUCUGAGGAGAGUCAGGAGAAAGAGAGACUUCAGAGAGAGCUGGAGGACAGCCGCAAGACCGCUGAGAAGAGGAAGGUGAUGCUGGAUGAUGUCGCUACGCAGCUCAACCAGGAGAAGUCUGGACACAAGGAGGUGCUGUCAGACCUCAAGCUGCAGCAGGAGAGGAGGUCAGUUCUGGCAGUGAGGGCUCGCUAUGAGAAGGAACUUCGAGGACUUCAUGAAGAAAAGAACCGCUGUGAAGAAGAACUCAAACAGCUACGAGACGAGAAGGCCCGCAGCAAGGACCUUGAGCUGUGUCAGCAGACGGUGGAGGAGCUCCAGGCGGAGGUCCGGAAGGAGGAGUCCAGGGACUGCCUGGAGCGCCGGCUGGGAGACGCUGAGGAAAACAUUAAGAAGAAUUCUGUAGAACACGAAGAACAGACGGAGAACCUGAAGAAGGAACACAAACUACACUUGGAGGAAAAGGAGGCAGAGAUGGAGGGAGUAAGGAGACAGUUGACGGAGGUGGAGAAAUUAAGGGAUGAAAACGGGGACAUCAUUGAAAAACUCAAACAGGACAUAAAGGACACAGUUGAAGGUCAGAGGAUUCUGGAGAAGAAAGGUGGUGCAGCGCUGAAGGAUCUCAAGCGACAGCUGCAGUCCGAGAGGAAGAGGGCUGAUAAACUACAGGAGAGACUGCAGGAGAUCCUGACAAACAGCAAGACCAGGACCGGUCUUGAGGAGCUGGUUCUGUCGGAGAUCAGCAGCCCAAGCCGGACCCAGCAGACUGGGGACUCCUCCUCCGUCUCCUCCUUCUCCUACCGAGACAUGAUGAAGGAGGCGCAGCCACCCAGAGAAAAGGCCACCGGGGGGAGCCCUCCACCCCCCCAGGGCUCGGCUGACCUCAGUGACGAGGAGGUGGGGGAGCUGUUCCAGAGACUGGCCCUCGUCCAGCAGGACAAAUGGAUGCUGGAGGAGAAGGUGAAACACCUGGAGGUGAGCUGCUCCUCCAUGGCUGAAGACAUCCGCAGAAAGAGCGCCAUCAUAGAGACCUACGUCCACGACAGCCGCACCGAUGCGUGUGGGGGGGGCGGGGGCUCACGCGCCGGCCCACGCGAGCGGGGGGGUCUGGGGGAGAGGAUGGGUCUGGGGGCGGUGCUCCGAGACCUGGUGAAGCCCGGAGACGAGAACCUGAGGGAGAUGAACAAGAAGCUGCAGAACAUGCUGGAGGAGCAGCUCACCAAGAACAUGCACCUGCAGAAGGACCUGGAAAUACUCUGUCUCAGUAAAGAUGGGAGCCUGUCUGGGUAGGACUAUGACCUGGAAGCAUCACUCCUCCGUUCCCUUCCAUUCAGUCCUACAGCUCUGGCUCCGACUGUAGCCUGGAAUAUCUUCCAUUACCC